GUCUUUGGUUUGAUACAUCGUGCUAUUGGAGAAGUAAUAGUUCCCAAAGCUCAUGGGUAAAGAAAAUGCAAAGUGGAGAUUACCUCUCUGAUCAACUGAAAAUGAAAUGGGACACCCAAGAUGUGGAUGAAGACUUCGAGCUGCAUCUUUCCCCGUCUUCAAAAGAAGUGGUAGAAAUUCAGAAGUCCAGUAAAGAAACUAACAGUUUUACUAUAUGCUUCUGGAAGAAGGGCGGUGGUAUCUAUGUCAGAUCCUAUUUAUGGCUUAACAUAUCUCAAGAGAUUUUUGUGAAUCUUCAAUCACCCAAAUCCUUUGGUUUUGUACAUAACUCCACUGCUUGGAAUUUCUACUGCUUCUUAAUGGCUGACAAAGACGAAACGUUGGCCGUGUCAUUUUACCUAAAUGGAGAAAGAAAAAGUUUACUUUUAAUAGAGCCAGAAGAAUCAAAUAACGAGAACUUGAUCGUUGGAUAUUUGAAUUCAUCGGUAAAUGAUAAGGCGGUGUUGUCGUCGUUUAAUAUUUGGAGUGGGGAGCUAAGUUCAAGCGAAGUAAAGCGCUUGUCUUAUGGCUGUGAUAGCGAGAGAGGUGAUGUCAUCCAUUGGAAAGACUUCAACCACCUUGAUCAUGACCACGAAGUAGUUGAAACAAAAACUUGCAAAAAUGUUCGAAAGGAAAGAUUGGUGUUGAAAGGUACUGGUAACUUUAUAACAGUUAAAGURGAUCAACAUGCACCAUCCAAUGCCAUUGGCUUUUGUUUAAAGUUUCGUUACAUGAUAUAUGGUCCUGGGGCACGUUUUUUUCAAACCUCUAUUAUAAAAGAACAUGAAGAUGUCUCUUCUGUCGUUUGGAAGGAUGAUGACAAUACUCAGUUUAGAUGGAAAUAUGCAGAUAUACCGUUUUUAUCGCCGGGUUAUUUCCAGGUCAAAUUCGAAGGUUCAGCGAAAUCCAAUGAAAGCUAUAUCGCAAUCAGCCAAGUUUUCGUUGAAAAUAGAUUUUGUUCAAGUGGUUAUUCUUUGUUAACUCCAGUUUGCGAACGGAAUAUCAUGACAGCUCCUGGUAUCAUAGAGCAACUAUACUAUCCACAUAGUAGCAUGUAUGGCAUGAACUGUUGGUGGGUUAUAGAUGCACCAGAUCAUCACGUGAUUCGGUUCACGUUCCUGGAGUUUCUAAUUCCAUAUACCAAAGGGUGCAAUUACGUAUCUUUGGAAAUUUGUGAUGGAGAUCGAGAAUCUGGUGAUUCUCUUGGGAGAUUUUGUGGCUACAUAUACCCACAGUUCGUGCAGUCGUCUUCCAAUAGGAUGACUCUUCAUUUUCACGCUCCGCGAAACUCUGCACCGAUAAGAGGAUUUAAGGGUCAUUAUGAAUUCUUGGAAGCUCAAAAAGAAGCGAAAAAGGUGAUGGUAAAACAUGUUGCCAAAACUCUAGUAGCUUGCUUUUCAUUUCACCAAGAUUAUCUCUUUCAGAAGAAGAAUUUGAACCAGACCAAAUAUUUCCGUUCCUACUAA